AUGAAUUACCAUGAGCAGGAGGAUCAAGGGCUCGCCGUCGUCGCCACGAACAACGACGGCUUGGACUGGCUCGAGGACUCCGUCUCCUUGCUCGCCGGGGACAUCGACCUCGGCGGCAGCUACGGCUGGUGGUGUGACAUCUUGCCGGCGCAGAAAGAUGACAUUGGGAGCGUCGUCGCGCAGACGCUGUCGCCUCCAGCGCCACCCGCGACAAGCUCGCCCCUGGCCCACCCCUCGCCGAGCAUUGCGUCGCCCGCGGCGUCGGAGCCGUCGCCCAAGAAGCGCAAGUCUCCGGCGCGCGUGGUGUCCGGCUCCGGCCAUAGCAGCAGCAACAACCAGCGUCGCCGAACCGAGCAGGAUAGGCCGGGCGGCGGCAAGAAGGGCGGCGGAGCGGGGUCGGACCGGGACGCGAGGUGGGCGGAGCAGCUGCUGGGCCCGUGCGCCGUCGCCGUCGAGGCGCGCAACCUGUCGCGCGUGCAGCACCUCUUCUACGUGCUCGGCGAGCUCGCGGCCUUCUCCGGCGACGCCAACCACAGGCUGGCCGCGUACGGGCUGCGGGCGCUCUCGCUUCGCCUCCCUGCCGCGGUGGGCCCCGCGGCCGCCGCGGCCGUGAGGGUGCCGGCCGCCUGCGAGUCCCCGACGCCGUCGUUCGCCGGCGCGGAGCCACGGCUGUUCCGCGCGUCCCUCAUCAAGUUCCACGAGGUCAGCCCGUGGUUCACGCUCCCCAACACGCUGGCGAACGCCGCCAUCUCGCAGCUGGCCUCCGCGGCGCCCCGGCCGCUCCACCUCGUCGACAUUGGCGUCUCGCACGGGGUGCAGUGGCCGACCUUGCUGGAGUCGCUCACGCGCAUGGCCGCCGGACGAGCGCCGCCUUCCGUCCGGCUGACGGUCGUGGCCACCCCGCCGGUGCCCUUCUCGGCCUCGCCUCCCGGAUAUGACUUCGCGCCGCAUCUCCUCCGGUACGCCAAGUCCAUUAAGCUGGACCUCGAGAUCGGCCGCGCCGCUUCACUAGACCCCGCGCAUGGCUUGUGCACCACUCCCGACGAGGCGCUCGUGGUGUGCCUCCAGUUCCGGCUCGGCCAUGUCUCCGCCGAGGAGAGGGCGGACAUCAUCCGCAGGGUCAAAGACCUCAAGCCGCACCUGGUGGUCCUAUCAGAGCUCGACGUCGGGGGCAACGGCAGCGCGGCGGGCGAGUUCACGGCGAGGCUGGAGCUGCUGUGGCGGUUCUUGGAGUCCACGCACGCGGCGUUCAAGGGGAGGGACGGGGAGGACAGGCGGCUCCUGGAGGCCGAGGCGGGGACCGCCGUGGCGGUGGCCGCGGCCAGGGAGGCCAUGGGGCGGGAGGGCUGGCGGGACCGCAUGGCCGCGGCGGGGUUCGACCAGGUGGCGUUUGGGGGCGAGGCGGUGGAGUCGGCCAGGUCGCUGCUGAGGAAGUACGACAACGGGUGGGAGAUGUCCACGGCGGCGGCGGCCACGGGAGGCGGCGGCGCCGUGGCGCUGCGGUGGAAAGGGCAGCCGGUGUCCUUCUGCUCGCUGUGGCGGCCGGCGUAG